UAUUUGUCAAUCGUUGUCUUGUACUUCCUGUAUCUAGAUCUUGGAGAGAUGAUGAGCGCAUAGCCAGGAAACAGCUAUACUUUAAGCCAUCUCCAGCAAGAUGAGCUUCGUUCUGGACCAGGUCCAGCGCAUCGACGCGCAACUCGAUCGUCUCCAACUCGCGUCGCUGCCAGCAGCUGCCGCACAGUCUCCAACUCUCACGCGAGCUCAAACCUAUGCGCCAGGAAACAGCUAUACUUUAAGCCAUCUCCAGCAAGAUGAGCUUCGUUCUGGACCAGGUCCAGCGCAUCGACGCGCAACUCGAUCGUCUCCAACUCGCGUCGCUGCCAGCAGCUGCCGCACAGUCUCCAACUCUCACGCGAGCUCAAACAGACUUUCCGACCGACUCGCAACGUUCCCUACCUCCCGAGCGAAUCGCAGCCCUUCAAACAGCAAUCAGAGGCCUCACGCCUGGCAGCUCUGAGAGCAGAUUUCUCCUCAAGCCAUGGCAGAUACAAACAGCACUUUCAGCGUUGAGCGAUAGGCCAGAGGCAACUACAUCAAGUGGAGGAGAAGAUGCAGAGGCUCCAGUAAGAGACGAGCUUGAGACCGAGCUCGAGUGGCUUCUGGUGUCGAAGGCCACCACACAAGUAUACGGGCACGUUUUGAGCAGCAUCUUGGACGAAGCUGUACGGCUGUCUGAUGACAUAUGGUACUGGGAUGAAGUGCUAGGAUCACAGCAGUAUACGGCUCUGUACAGUAUACAGACAUCACCAUUACGGCUCUGGGCCUGGAGUAGCAACAUAUGGGACGACGUGAAGGCGCGAGGUGGAAAUUUCAGCAUUAGAGGCGCGAGCCAAGAUGCGAGCGACACAUUGACAGAACGCUGGAAGCAGUUUUAUGGUCUCGUAAGGCAAGUCGUGAAAGAGAAGAGCGUAAGAGAAGUGCACAAGCAGAUGCUUUCGCCCGUGACUAGGAUCAAGGGCGAGGUACGGCAGAAGCAGGCAGCGUUGAAGAAAGUCAGGAUACGGAAUGCAAAUGCGCUGGGAGUUCUACUUGGUGAAGGGCUAGCAAACGAAAGUGGACAUGGAGAAGGUGUCUCAAGUCCUGUGACGCAGGAUGUGCAGCACAAAUGGAGAGCUUCGGUGGCACGGAAUGUGGCAUUAAUGGAAGCCGUCCUGGUGAAGAUCAACGACCUCGAUACGCCAGUUGACAAAUUCGACUCAUCAAUCGCGGCUCUCACGGACGAGGACCCUCUCUAUGCUCUGGAGUCGAAUGAGGUGGCUGUCUUUCCGCAAUCUGUUGCUGAAAGACUGUCCAGAGUCAUCACACUAGGACUAUCGCAGUACUCCGACUCCACCAGAGCAUUGGCGAGGGAACACGGCAAACCUCCUCGCCUCGUCCGAUACUGGCUACCAAUCGCAUCUGGUGUCAUGUUUUCAUCAACCAUUCUAAGGAUGCUAGUCAACCGAAAAGCCGAAGUCGUCCAAUGGAUCCAGGAUCUUGGCGCUACUGUCGUAGACUUCUGGCAGAACUGGGUUCUUGAGCCUACUAGGAAUGUCAUUCGCACGAUCCGCCAUGACGAAGGCAGUGAGAUCAGCAUCAUGUCGAAACGAUCACUUGAAGGUGAUAGGGAAAGCCUUGAGCGUAUGGUCGUCGAUUUUGCUGUUGAUAAUCCUGGCAAUGCGACUGAAUCGGGAUCAAGCCUAAGUGAGGCUGAGAUCGCGGAUAUUCGGGCAAAGGUCAGAGAAGGAGACCUCACACCCGUUCUCAAAGCAUAUGAGAAGGACUUGACUUCCCCUCUGAUGGGCGCUGUCCGCGGAAACCUGAUUCGAGCACUUCUCAUCCAGAUUCAGAAGACGAAAGUAGACGUCGAGGUCGCCAUGGGUGGUAUCGAUUCGCUGCUGAAAUCACAGGAACUUUUGAUUGGAUUCAUCAGUCUCACUCCAGGACUUCUCGUGGCAUAUGGUGUCACGCACUACAUUCGAUCAUCGCUUUCAGAAAAGCGUGGUUCCAGCGCAGCUCGAAAACAGGGCAAAAUGCUCAGGCAACUGCGUAAUAUCGAUCGCAUCCUCACCAGCAGCCAGCCCACAGAGUAUGGCGAGCUAUUGUACAAAGACCAAGGAUUACUGCUCUGCGAGGUACAUGUGUUACGGCAAUUUGCACAGAAAGCUAUGCCGACAGAAAUAUACAGAGAGUUUAGUGAUGAAGCCGAGGAGCUCAGCGACGUCAGGAUGGGCAUUGAACGGCAGCGAAAAGUUGCAGCUCGGAUCAGAUGGGCAUAUGGCCGCUGGUUGACAUGAGCCUGUGACCAGAAACACUCAGGUCGGAUCGGAUGGCUGAGCCACGGAUGGGCUGAUGGGUAGGGGUAGGGGUAGGGUAGGGUAGGGCAGGCUGUGACGCGUAAGCUCAGUCACAUGACAGCACGUGACUUCUUGGCAGGAGAAGGAUUUCUACACUGUAUUUUAGACUAUAGAAUAAGCAGAAUAUAGGCAAUU